AUGGCCGCCACGCCGCCCAAGGACUACCGUCGGGAGAUAGACGCGGUGUACCCCGAGCCGCUGUCCCGCCUGAGCCGCGUCGUGGAGACUCAUCCGCACUCGUACAAGCGGGCGGUCAAGAAAAAGAUGAACCGCUCAGGACGCUUCAGGACCACGCCGGUGACCUUCGACGAGAUAAAGGAGGUGGACGAGGAAAGCGAGGGCACAGGCGAGGACACAGAGACCAGCGCCGCGGCCUCGUCACGCUCCGAACACGACCUCCGGCAGCAGUUCGAGAGGUUCUUGGAGCGGAUGGACAGGAGGCGCCCCCAUCCCCCGCGCCUCCAGCAGGGCCUGACGGAGUUGAUGGUGCCCAGGGAGAUGUCGCCGCUCACCAUUCCCGAAGACGACUUCCCCAAGAACUACAGUCGGAAGGCCAGACCAUCCAUAUGAGGCGUCCCGUAGGCUGUUGGCUGGACCCUUCGGCGCUUAGCCACAACUCGGCCCGCUGUGGUGCUUCUGGUCUUGGUCUGGGCCUUCGUCUCUCCUCCCAGCCACUCCUUGCCGAUGCUAACGCUCCUGAAGACU